UUUAUNUGACUUCACAGACACCCGGCCCCUUGGCUAUGACGAAACUGCAAGAAAAUCGAUGACGGGAAUAUGGAUGUUGUCUUGAGUGAAGAAACGCUUAAACAGAAACUGGAGAAAUUUCCAUCAACCUUUGAUUUUGAUUUGACGAAUCUGACCAAGGACCGAGGGAAAAGCAUCAUAAAAAAAUUAGAAGAAGACCGGGAAAACACAAGAAAGCUUGCAACAGAAGAUAUACAGAUAAGUAACUUUCUGUCGUAUCUGUGUUUCUUGUUGGGAGAAUUUCAACAUGCGCAUGAAUAUAUUCAGGAAUCUCUCCAAAAAGAUCCUGAUAAUAUUAUAGCUAACACAAAUAAAGCCAGAAUUCUUUUAGAAGAAGGGGAAAUCUCUGAUGUAGAUGAUAUAAUAGCAAAACUUCAGAAAUUGAAAGGAAGAGACGAUUUCGACAGGAGGAAAUACUAUGCGGAAGCGGAUCUUGCGUACGCGUAUUCGCGGUCGGGUCCUUGGUAUCUCCAAAAGGCGGUAGAUCUGUUCACCCCAGUUGUGGCGGCGUAUCCUACAGAGUAUGCAUGGCAAUAUGGACUCGGUCUGACUUUACUCUGACAGACUCACUUUUUUAAUUCACAGGCAGAGGGCAGAUUUAAUACGGAACAAAACGAGAAGACAACAAUACAUGCUGCUGAGCUGUUACUAACUGUUGCUACGGAAUCAGAUGAUCCCGUUUUACGUGCGAAUGCAUUUGCCAGAUUAGGAAAAGCUAGCUUCCAAAUUUGGAAAAACAACCAUACAAACGUGCCUGAUAAAAUUAAGCGUUUAAAGUCUAAAGAAUGUUUUGAAAAAGCAAUUGAAUUAUGUCCAGAAGAACCAUCGGUGUUAGAAACGUGUGGCCGAUUCGCACGCUACAGAGGGGAACUAGAUACAUCGGAAAAACUCCUACGGAAAUCUAUUCAAAUCAAGCCAACGUGUCAAGCGUAUCACCAUCUUGCUCUGACAUUAAAGAGGCGAGUAGAAAAUAUGCCAUAUGGAGGAAAGUCUGUAAACAGAACUGAAAAGGGCCGUUUAGAAAAGGAGUCUGGGAAUCGUUCACGAGGGAGUUAUCAGGGAGGUCAGGUAAGAAGUCAACAGGGUGUCCGUUCCUACAGUCGUGGAGGGAUAUACAACCAGUCAGAAGAGAUAAAACUUCGUCAAAAGAUAAAUUCACCGUUACACGUUCCUGUUUGCCAUGGAAACGAACUACUUGUUGAAGCAGUAAAGUUACUAGAGAAAACAGAAGAACUGACUGAAUAUGGUCUUGGAAUACAGUACGACAAGGGAAUCAUAUAUAGAAUGCUAGGCCAGAUAGAAAAAGCUGUGGAAGUUUUCAAACAAAUAGUCUCAAAACGGAAAUAUCUUCCUACCAAAUCACUGAUGACAAAUGUGUAUGAACAGCUUGGACUUUGUCUCAUUGAGUUGAGUAAAAGCAAUGAAAUCUCCCCAGACAUUCAGCAAAAAUACAAGAAAGAUGGUAAAGUCCAUCUCUUACAUGCUGUCCAACUCCAGUCGGAAAUAGUAGCAAACGAUCUGCAGUUCAAAGCGGCGUGGAACUCCUAUCCAACACUCAAAGAACUCUUCAGCGAUGCAAGAGACAAGAAGCCAAAACAAUUGGCAGUUCUGCACAUGCGCAUGGAAGAUCAUAAAGAUUCAAUCACAAUAUACGAGGAAUUACUUUUGAAGGAGAAAGGACAAAUGAACCAAGAGGAUUUUAUUAACUUGCUUGAAUGCUAUAAGAGAGAUGGACAGUUUGAAAAAUGUGUUGUUGUUUUAAAAUCUUUGGAGUGUACAACUAUAUUUUUGGGUCUUCCUCCGUCUCUGAUCUUUGAUGUGUAUAUAGAUUGCGCGUUUCACGCUUACACAACGGAUACCGCACAACUUGCGUACCAACACUUUAGACGCGCCUUCAAAGUGUACAGUAUGUUUGACAAGAUCAAUGAAGACGCGAUCAACGUUGACGAAGAUGACGACACAAAAGACACACUGAUAUUACACUCUUGUUCCCAUGACGAGGAAUGCAAACUUCCCAGAAAUCUCGGAACCAUUCUAGAAGAUGUUACAGGAUUACGAUACACAAUGAACUCAGACGACGUGCUGCCAAAUGAAUUACUAUUGACAUCAACGGCUUCUAUAAUACAGAAAAUUCCAUGUAUCAUAAUCAUGACCCACGAGUGUGCGGACUCCACGAGUGUGGAUCAAUUAUAUGUCGAGCAAGCUAUCAAGAGGAGUUCCGAACAAAGUGGCCCCCAAGUGUUGGUCGUGACGGACGACGAGUGCAACAUGCCAGAUAUUGCAAGAACAAAGCCGUUUAUCCGGAUGCCUCCUCCAUUAGAGGGCGCUAUGGAACCAAUCGAACAGAUACCAGAGGAGCAUCAAGAAUGGGUGAAAGAGUUCAUCACUCUCCUGAAACCAAAAUAACUUAUUUGUCCCCAUAUUGCUAUAACUGCCGCUAUAUUCGCUUGAGUAUCCCCGUAUCACUGUUAGGGUUUGCCCUUCAUACAUUGCGGAACUUUUAUUACAAAAUCAUAUUAAGGAGUAAUUAAUAAAACAUAAUCAACAACAGUGUUCCGAGUUUGAAAAUUCAGCCAGCAGGAGCUAAAAUUGUAUUCGAAUCCUAGACUUCAGAUUGUGAUACUGUCCCUCUAACCAACCCAGCUACCUUCUCAACGAAAGUGUUCUGAUCCAACUGUUAUAUACGACGCGAAAUUAAAGGGAGGUCACUGUACAUACGAACAACCGAGAGUGCAUUGACACAGGUGUCCUUUACAUAGAAGUGUACACGCUUUAAUUCCGUGAAUGAGAUCAAUGAGUGUUACAAAUUUACUCGAGCAAACAACUAAAUCAACAACUGAGAAAACAACUGAUCAGUUUAACAUCAGCAGUCAUAACAACAGUGUACACUUCUGUCUUAGUGUUCAAAACAUCACUAGGCAGGUUUGCGUUCAGUCAUUAUUUUAUCAAUGUACAGUAUCGCGCGGGCACUCGUUACACCAGCUAAUUGUUUGAGGUUACUGAAAAAUAUUUUCGAUAAUUUAACUUUGCUAUGCCAAGCCAAUCAACUAAAAAAUACUGUAUAUAAUGAACCGUGUCUGUAAAUAUAGUGUAUAUA